GAGGCUCGUGCGCGAGAGCCUCGCGGAGCUGACCGACCGGGUCUUCGCGGUCGGCCACGAGGUGCAGGUGGCCGUCCGCUUCGCGAUCGGGGCGCCGCCUCCGCGCAUGUUCCCGCGGGGGAAGCUGCGGCUCCACGCCAUGCUGGCCGACGAGAUGGACGCGUUCGGCGACCUGGCGCUGCUCAACGUGUCCGACGGGGACUGCAACGCCGGCAAGAGCUGGCACACCUUCGCCUGGGCGCUGCGCCACUUCCCCCGCGCCGCCCUGAUAGCCAAUGCCGCCUCGGCGGCGCGGGCGUGCCGAGGGCACGGCGGCGGGUUCAAGCAGGACGACGACACCAUCGCGCGGGUGUUGCCCCAGCUCCCUGGGGGAGGCCGAGAUGGCCUCCAGAGCGUUCCUUAG